AUGCUAGCUCUUCGAAAUUUCACUUCCCGAACCCGAAAUGUAGUAUCAAUUUUCAAUGCAUUUACAACCCAAAACCCUAAUCCUGAACAAUCCCCAAUUCCGUCCUGUACCCGCUAUGACGAUCUCAUCAACGCCGCCGGCCGGGAAAGAGACUUCGCCACCGUGCGUUACCUCCUCAACAAGCGUUCAAGGGAUGGCUUUUUCAACACAGUCAACACCUUCAAGUUCAUCUCAACUGAUCUCUCUUUACUCGACGAGCUCUCGAAGCAUAUCGCCAGGCUCAAUGGUUUCGCCAGAAAGAGCUCGUACAAUUCCCUGGUAGCUCAACUUGCGAAGAUGCACCGGAUUCCCGAUGCCCUACGUGUGGCGGAGAUGAUGUCGACGAAUGACUACGGUGCCACCGCGAGUACGUUUCACCCCAUACUUAACGCGUUGUCAAGGAAGAAGGAGAUGGCCAAGGCGUGGCGAGUGUUGGAGGCGAUGAGAGCGUGCGGAAUCCAGCCCGAUGUGACGGCGUUCAACCACAUUCUAACGGCGUUUUGUUACAUCGGGGAUUUGAAAUCAGCCGCUAACGUGUUGGAGAGCAUGGAAGAAGAAGGGGUGGCAGCCGAUUCAAGGACUUACGAUGCUCUGGUUUUGGGCGCGUGUAAGGCGGGGAGAUUGGACGGCGCAAUCUCUGUUCUGCGGCGGAUGAUGGAUGAUGAACUGCCGGCGUUGUAUUGCACCUAUGGGCACGUUAUAAAAGGGAUGGUGCGGUCUGGGUAUAAUGCGCAUGCGGUGGAGUUUGUGAGGAGCUUUGCUGGGAAGGACCCAAAAUUGGAUGCUGAAAAUUUUGGGAUUUUGGCUACACAUUUGAUUAGUAUGAAUAAAAUUGAGGAGGCUUAUGAUGCAGUAAAGGAAAUGGAGAACAGGGGUUUGAAAAUGGGUUAUCAAUUGAAGGAUUUCUAUGAAUUGAAUUAA